CCGAGGUUUGUCUGAGCGGACAGAUGGGCUUGGUCAGUAUGGGGUGUUGGUUGCACCGGUUACGCCGAGUGCUUGUUACCUGAAAUCCCAAUUAUGAAGAGAGGCAAAUAAAAGAGUUGUAUGAUGUAAUGCAAGCCUCAGCGAGAUCGUGAACCCACCAGCUAAGGAGCGUGUAAGAUGACAGAAAUCAGUAAGACCAUCCAGAAAUGGCACGCCAGUUUUAAGAAAGGCACAGACUUUGAUUCCUGGGGACAGUUAGUGGAGGCAAUAGAUGAAUACCAAAUACUAGCAAGACAGCUACAGAAAGAAGUCCAGUCCUCAAAUUCUUCUGAUAUCUCAGAAGACCAAAAAAAAACUCUAGGAAAAAUUGCAACAUGCCUUGAACUUCGGAGUGCAGCAUUGCAGUCUACUCAUUCCCAAGAUGAGUUCAAGCUGGAAGAUUUAAAGAAACUGGAACCAAUUAUCAAGAACAUUCUGACUUACAAGAAAGACUUCCCAUUUGAUGUGCAGCCUGUCCCACUAAGGAAAAUACUGGCUCCGGGAGAAGAAGAAAAUCUAGAACUUGAAGAGGAGGAUGAUGGAGGGGCUGGAGCAGGCUCUCCAGAUUCCUUUCCCAUCAGAGUGCCAGGAGCCUUAGAAGGUACUUUGUUGCCACGUUUGCCUUCAGAACCAGGAAUGACUCUACUUACCAUCAAAAUUGAGAAGAUUGGACUGAAAGAUGCCGGACAGUGUAUUGAUCCUUACGUAACUGUCAGCAUAAAGGAUCUAAAUGGAAUUGAUUUAAACCCAGUUCAGGAUACACCAGUGGCUUCAAGGAAAGAAGACACCUACAUCCAUUUUAACGUGGAAGUAGAAAUUCAGAAACAUCUUGAGAAACUACCGAAAGGGGCAGCUAUCUUCUUUGAGUUUAAACACUAUAAACCCAAGAAACGAUUUACGAGUACAAAAUGUUUUGCUUUCAUGGAAAUGGAUGAGAUCAAAUCUGGACCGAUUGUUAUAGAACUCUAUAAGAAGCCAACAGAUUUCAAAAGGAAGAAGCUACAUUUACUGACAAAGAAACCACUUUAUCUUCACCUUCAUCAGACAUUGCACAAAGACUAACCUUGGAUCUUGGCUGUAACACGUAUGAACAAACCAACUGACACCUCCCCGCCACAGUAGCUGUAUGUAGCAGAGACCGCCGGGAGACUGAUUUUUUUUUUUUCCACAUUCUUCACAUCAUGAAAAUGAAAUUUCCUACAAUGACCACCUGCCAUCAGUUCUGUUGUCCUCAUGCAGUUUCUUGCU